UAGCAAUCAUGAAAGGACUUUUGUCACUUGUUCUCGUCUCCAUCGCUCUCCUGCAGACGGCAGCAGCAGCACCCACUGUGUCAGAGCGCUCCCAAGCCGUCAAAAAGAGCGAGGGCGAGCAGAAUGUCGGGAAGCGCAGCUACAUCUCCUUCCAGAAUAACCCUCCUGAAGAUGAUGAAGUCCUUACAGGUACCACUGAGACCGAGACUGAAGAUAUCGAGAAGCGCGCCAUGGGCCGGGUGGCGGCCUAUAGGCCUCCUGUAGAUGAUGAAGAAUGACGUCGAGGAAGUUCUUGACAACACCGAAGAAGCGCUAUGACGUCUCCGAGAACGCUGGCAGUUGUCUGGGUCGUCCUCCGGAAGUCCAAGUAUUGCAGAUCAUUAAAGCUGUCAUGGCACAAUAACUCCCGAUGUUUUUAUCUAUGUAUUACAGUGUACUGUGCUCGUUUGUGGUGAAUAUAUUCUUGAAGUUCCGAGGACAUCUUCGAUCCCUUUACCACAAA